AUGCGGGUGGGCCUUGCCAGCAAAGGAGAGUGGCAACGCCUAGACGAGGAGCUCCGCCCGCUCAUCAAGAAGACCCUGUACGUGCCAGCCAGAGCUUCCAAUGAAUACUUGUACGGAAGCUCUCAGGCUGGCAGUGCAGGGAUCCCACUUGCGGCGGAGCUCAGCGACAUCUGCCGGGUGGAUGGGGCCUUCAAGUUACUGACGUCGACCGACGUGGAAGUCCGGGAGCGUGGAGCAGGGGACCUAGAGGGCGUCGUGUCAAGGCGGCUAAGACGACCCGCGAACACCGAGGACAUGGAGGCCUACCUCUCAGACGAGAUGGAGGGCGACUUCCGACAAACGUCCACACAGGUGCAGUCUGUGUGGACGGAGGCCCGGAAAGCCUCCCGUCGCCUCUGUGUCGCCUGGGAGCUCUUAGACCAUGGGGCCCGCAUCAAUUGCGGAGAGGCCUCCGUGUCAGCGAGGAACCGCCACAAGCUGGUCAAAACCAUCCGGGCGCUCCUCUCCACCGAAAGGGACAGAGCUCUGCAUGACAAGCCGAACCAAGGCAAGGCGAUGGUGUGUGUGGCGGCCGACCCGGCAAAUUCCAACGCCAUGAGGUCCGGCCGCUACACCCGCUUCAUCGACUGGCGCUUCGUACAUCGAGCCCGGUUAAAUCUCCUCCCCCUCAAUGCCACAAGAGUCUGGGCACCCGCAGCCGACAAAAGAUGCAGGCGCUGCGGGUACGGGGAGGAGACACUGCCGCAUGUGCUAUGCCAAUGCAUGCGGCAGAGCCGGGUCAUGACGGAGCCUCAUAACGCAAUCGUCGCAAGAAUAAAAAAGGCUGCCUUGGGGAGUUUCGCAGUCAUCGCAGAGAACCACGUCGUGGGCACUACAUCACUCAAGCCCGACCUGGUACUGGCCCGUGGAGAGGAGGCACUGAUCCUGGACGUCUGCUGCCCUCUCGAGAACAGGCUGCAGGCGUUCCAGGACGCCCGGAAGGCUAAGGAGAAGUACGCCCCUGUACAGCGUCAUCUCCUCCGGCGGUUCCAACGCGUGACGAUGGACGCGGUCGUCGUCGGCUGCCUUGGCACCUGGGAUGAGGGGAAUGAUCGCGUGAUGCGCAGGCUGUGCAGUAGGCAAUACCUACGGACACUCAAACACCUGUGCAUCAGCGACACGAUCAGCGCCUCUACAAAGAUUUUUAGAGCCCACAUAGGCACCUCUUAA